AAGAUUACAGUUUCAGAUCUCAAGUGAUGGCUGCAAUCAGUCAAUCAACAAAUAUGUGCUGAGCAUUUACUACGUGCCCAGAUUUUUGCCUAGGGUAUGGGGUUGGGGCUAAGGAGUAUGUUUCCAUCCCAACCCUCGGGUGGUCUGUCCAACCCGGUUAAGGCAGGAAGAGGUUCCAGCGUGGGCAACAGUCAGAGAAACAGCAAAUGACCCCUCCACCCAAUCUCUUGUUUCUUCUGGGAAGACAGUAUAAGUUCUGGGGAGGGGUAUGGCAGCCGGCGUUUCCUCCUGAUCUGUGUCCCAGGCUAUUUUUAGUCACAACUUAGGUUGGUGAGGUUGAGCAGCUGAAAGUGUACAGGAUGUCAGGACAAAGCUGGCUGGGACUGAGAAUUUGCCAUCACCGACACAAGUGUGUGAAACUACUCCUUCCUCCAGUUGAGUUCAGCUCUGCCCUGAGAGGCCAAAGUUAAGCGGGAAGCCAAGGCCUCAAGACAGAGUAGUGACAUGAGCAGUCCUGGGGGAAGAGCUCAAAUACCUGAAGCUGAGAAUAAAACUUUUGCACCUCUAUGGAAAGAAUAUUGGGUCAAAGGGGUCAUAGAAAGGAUAUUUCCUGCAAAAGAACAGAGAGAAAGAAAAUCUGCCUCUUGUAACAACAGGUAUGUUUAUGGGAUGACCAGGAUGAAGUGAACCAAAACUACUUAGCAGAUGAAGAGGAAGAAGCAGAAGAGGCUCGGGUGAUGGUGGUACCCGAUUUGGAGGAGGAGGAGAAAGAAGAAGAGGAGGAGAAAGAAGAGGACGAAAAGGAGGAGGAAGAGAGUCACCAUCAGGACACACGCAGUGCCUGGUGGCAGAAACUGCAGAUCGUGAAUGAAUACCUGUGGGAUCCGGAGAAAAGGAUGUCUCUGGCCCGAACAGGUCAGAGUCUGAGCCUGCUCUUAGUCAUUUACUUCUUUUUCUAUGCCUCCCUGGCUGCUGUGAUCACCCUCUGCAUGUACACGCUAUUUCUGACCAUCAGUCCUUACGUGCCGACCUUCACCGAGAGGGUGAAGCCUCCUGGAGUUAUGAUCAGACCCUUCGCCCAUAGCCUUAACUUCAACUUCAACGUUUCUGAACCUGACACUUGGCAGCAUUAUGUGAUUAGCCUAAAUGGCUUUCUCCAGGGUUAUAAUGACAGUCUUCAAGAGGAAAUGAAUGUAGAUUGUCCCCCGGGCCAGUACUUCAUCCAAGAUGGUGAUGAGGAUGAGGACAAGAAGGCCUGCCAAUUUAAGCGCUCCUUCCUGAAGAACUGCUCUGGCCUAGAGGACCCUACUUUUGGCUACUCUACUGGACAGCCCUGCAUCCUUCUAAAGAUGAACCGGAUUGUUGGCUUUCGCCCUGAGCUUGGAGAUCCUGUGAAAGUUUCCUGCAAAGUUCAGAGAGGUGAUGAAAACGACAUCCGAUCCAUCAGUUACUACCCAGAGUCAGCUUCUUUUGACCUCCGCUACUACCCUUACUACGGCAAACUAACUCACGUUAACUACACUUCCCCGCUGGUGGCAAUGCACUUUACAGAUGUAGUGAAGAACCAAGCAGUGCCUGUACAGUGCCAACUGAAGGGCAAAGGCAUCAUAAAUGAUGUCAUCAAUGAUCGUUUUGUGGGUAGGGUAAUCUUUACCCUGAACAUAGAAACCUAAUAACUUCAGGGGGCCACUCCUACAAGUUCUGUUUCUGUUUUAUUUCAUGUUACCUGAAUUCUUUUUCUUCAGUCAGGACACAGCCAAAUGGACACCUAGGACAGCAGAUCAUCUUUCCUUGCCUUUGACAUAUGUACAAAAUGAUAUUGUGGAAGCUAUUUGAUUUUUAAAGGUAGUCUCUCCUGAUGAUGAAUACAUUAAUUUCCUUUCCCCUUCCUUAAAACUAAAACCCAUUCUUGCUGCUAUAAGUCUCACUUCUAUGAAGUAUAGAAGUAGUCUCUACUUCUAUGUAGUGUAAACACAGUAUCUGAUAAAAUUCACAAUAGCCAUGGAGAAUUUCCAUAAUGAUUAGAAAUUUAUCAUGUUUUCUAAAAAUUUGUUGUUUUUAGAGGAGAGAUCCCUCCCAGCCAGGCUGAUGACUCACCCUUUUUGUUAACCUUCCUGGCAAGGUCCUUCCCUGAGAAUCACUAACCAGACCAAUCCAGAAGACACCUAAGGCCACCAUGCCUAGAGAACUCUAUAUCCAGGGGUGCUUGUGAAACUGGGUGCCUCGAAUGGGCGACUAAAUACGGAUUCAAAGAUUAGGUUAUCUUCAACUGGGAAAUAAGUCAGUGAUAACUGGAUAUUGUUCUGGUAUGGACCAGAACAGAGCCCUUCCCUAUGACUCUUUUUUGGGAGGUGAGGCCCACUACAGUAGGGGAGAACACCCACCAUGUGGGUGUGAUUGGUCUUUGAUUUCUUGCUUUAUGGUCUAAUCAUCCAAAAGGAAACAUUCCUGAAGAAAGGUUUGUCUCGGCUUCAGGCACAGGGAAAAACAAGGAAGACCAUCUCCACCAGCUAAUAAUUCUUCUUGGGCUAUUUGUUUAACAGUAGUGUGAUGUUCUUUGAGAUCACCAGGCAUGGGUGUGUUGACACCCUCUCCACUCCCCCCCACCACCACCACCACAGCUCUGGGUCUCCCAAGGGAUAUGGGGUAAGACAGAAAGCUCCUGCCAGGCCACCCUAAAUUCAAGACCCAUUAGCCUGCCACCUUUUCAUUUGCUUAAAAAAUGAUAUGAGGCAGAUGUUUAUCCAGGUUGUGGAUCAGCCAGGCCGCUUUGUCUUAUCUUUUGGCCAUGUGACCAUUCCACUGCUCCUUAACACCUCCACCAGGGGGAGGGAUGGGACAAGGAGAAAAAGAGGGCAUCAGCGAAGAGCACAGUGUCUCAGGGUCCAAAGUAAGCUUACAAUGCCACCUAGAAGUAUCCAGAGUCUGAAUUUCCUGUACGAUGUUUAUCUUCUCCCAAAACAGGGAACUGACAGUCUGGUGGUGAAGACAAACGAGUAAAGAAGUAACUAGAAUAUAGUGUGACAAGAGUUAUAAAAUUAGUAUGUGGAAAUGCUAUGGGAACAUGAAGAAAAAUAACUCAAGCUGAGGAAGUAGCAGAGGAACUUUCACAUGCAAAGUCACAAUUGUGUAAGACCAUGGUGUCUGGGUAACUGUGAGCAGUUCAUGCAACUGGACUGUAAAGGGCUCAGGGCAAUGGCAGGGAGUGGCAGUGGACUGCAUUAGAAAGGCAUAGAGGCACUGAAAGAAGACUUUGCAUUUUAUCCAGUGGGUGAAAAGGAGUCAUUAAAGCCUUCUAAGCAGGGAAGCUCUAUGAUCAUAUUUACAUCUUAGAAAGAGCAUUUUGACAGCCACAAUGUGAAGGGUGAAUUGGAGAGGGGCAAGACUGAAGAAUGGGCAGUGAAAGAGAAGAAGGAGUCAAGAGUGACACCAAGGUUUUGAACCUGCCUAGAACCAGUGGGCUGGUGAUACUGUUCAUUAAGACAGGGAAUACACGAGUGAAGCGGGACCGGAGAGGAAGAUGUUGAGAUCAAUUCUGGACAUUUUAGGCUUGUGAUCUCUAUUGGUCAGACAUCGAUGUGGAAAUAUAAGUGGGGUUGGGAAGAAGGAAAUCUGAGAACAAAAGCAACAUUUGCUUAAGUGAACUCUCUUAAGAAAGUCUAAGCUAUUUAAUCACGGGAAUUUGAGCCACUUAUGUAAACACGCCACAGCAAUCUGGUCUCUCAGGUAGUGCUUCUCUCUUGGCUUAUGGUAGAAAGGACUGCUGCUGCUCUUGGAAUCUCCUUCCCAAACACCUUCCAACUCUUACUGACAGAGUAGAGGAGGGCUGACUGCUAUUAACAAGUGCACAGCAGAUCUGUGGAAAAUACAAAAAGCAAUGAAACUGUCUCCUCCCAACCCCUUAUCUUACCAAAUUCGAUUUUCAAAACUAACCUUUAAAAAGAAACAAACUUAAUUAUAACAACUUUAAAACAACCUAAAAAUGGCCUCAAAUAAUCAAACUCUCAAGAUUUAGUAGUAAAAGAAAAGAUCUGGAAAGGAUAUUAGAGAGCAUUUAGUGAAAGCAACCUGCAUUGCAUCUGACUCCAGGUCCAGUGCUCUUUCUACUCUGAGCUGCUGCUUACCAGGAAGUACCAUCUUUUUAAAAAUCAAUGAAUGACACCCCAAAUAUUUUAAAACAUAUGUCAAAUCUGAGUUAAAAUAGUUAAUAUUUCACAGGAAUUCAACUACUGGUGCUAUAUUUUAUACAUAAUACAUUAUCCUGUUAAAUACAUUGACUAUUAAAUGGACAAGGAAUCAUGAAUUUUUGUCAUUCGGUAUUUUUCAUUCAAUAGAAUCCAUUUUGUCCACAGUUUCAAAGCAGUACUGAAUAGUACUAUGAUAGUUGGGGAUGUCAGCUGGGACAUUUAAAAAUAGCUCUAUUAUAUGGAACUAGAUACUAUAAUACAGUCAUUAAAAUUGGAUUCUAGUGAUUCAGUAAACUUCUAAUGGAUUAAUUUAAAUAGUCCCCAUACUGUGCAGUACCAGGAUUUGAUUUGUAUACCAUAUGUUGCAAUGUACUUGGAUUUACUUGACUGUCAAUGAGAAGUACUACUUCCGAAUGCCUCCAUGGUUUUAUAUAUGCUAGACUUAGGAUUUUUUACUCUUUACCCUUCUGAAAUUAUUAUCCUAAAGUUACCUUUUUUAGGCAUAUGUUUGCUGGGAAUCUUCAUGUAGAAAACAUUGUCUUGGGGAGUUGUUGAUAACAAUAAAUUAAAAUAAGAAAGAA